AUGUCGUUCUUGGGUACUGUGACGGGACUUGUGCUUCUACUUUUCGUCGCGACUGCUAUCGACAACCCAUCGAGGCUUCCGGAAGGAAUACUAGCUGAAAGAUCUAGUGAAGAAAGUGUCCGAAAAUGGUACUUUAUUGGCGGAUCUGUGCCCGGUAUCGUGGAGAAAUCACCCGAGGAUAUUUGCAAAGAACCUUCGACAAUGCCCGAUUUAAUUCUACUUCCUAAACAGCCGGAACUAUCUCGAUCUGCCAGUGACGUUUCCGUGGAUUGGACCCAUAGCUGGCCAUGCGGGGCAUCUGUGUACAAUAUACAGUGGGACGAUCAUCGUGGAAAUGUUAACUAUGAAACGAUUGAUGGAAAUACUACUCGUUUCACAUUAGCAAACAUUUCCGGUUGUGUGAUUUUGGACGUUUGCGUGAACGCCUUGUUUGCCGAUGGAGUUGAUGGAAAAGUGUACAUACAACGUCCGGAGGAAGCCUAUUGUGGACAACUUCAAGAUCGGUACGUUGCUCAGGACGCUGAGAUACUAGUAGCAGAGGAUAAUUCCAAUGUGCACGAUCCGAAGGCUGAGAAGGUUCUCCGAAUGGCUCAGACCUUGACGUGCCCGAUACUCUACUAUGUACUCACCUUCGGAGAUCAAGAAAGCAAGUCGGAACUCGCGCUUCCCCGAGAACAGUGCAAAAUGAUACCUCAAAUGGAUGCGGACGAAUAUGCCGUACGCGUCACACUGGUCACCUCCAAGUCUCAGAUGCGUAGUUCGCCUGAGAUAAAAUUGGAAGGUUCGUCACAGAAAUCCGAUUGA